CCCCCCCCCCACACCGGAACCUAACCACCGUUCGAGCUCGCUUGUCUUAGGAUUACCAUCCCCCUCAAUCAAUAUGUCGUCGUCAGCCACCGGGGAUAAUCUUCUUACAGCGCUCAUCUCGGGCCUGACUGCCGCCGCGGUCACAUCAACCUUCACGUAUCCGCUUGACUUCAUCAAGACACAACAACAGCUCAACAACCGACUGGUGAUGGGCAAAUACAAGAUCCCGGGCAACCAUCCGUCCACGGUGGCGCAGAUAUUCCGUGGUAGCAGUGCUCUUGUGGCGGGGAACAUCAUCAAGAACCAGGCAAGGUUGAUCUCGUACAAUUGGGCCACCAAGUUCAUGUCCCUUGAGAAUCACCACCCUGCCCAGCCGGGAAGCAACGGCACCGUAACCACCCCAUUGAAGACCAGUGCCCCUAGAAUGGUCAUUGCUGGAGCCAUGAGUGCAUUCAUCGAGACUUUGUUCAUUGUUCCCUUUGAAAACAUAAAAAUUACUAUGAUUCAAAACAUGUCUCUCACAAAUGAGGUUGCCCGUACAAAGGGUGUGGACGUGACUGGUGCCGUUGUCACCAAUCGCCACCACAAGCCCCAGACGAGUGUUUUCCUGAAGCAAUACGUGUCGCCACAUGCGUACUUCACCACGGAACUCUUGCAACAAUACCGCACGGGCAAGCCAUCUAUGGGCACUUCCAAGUUCUCGGUAAGUCCUGGUGAUAGUGUACGUUCUGCUUCUCAUCUUAGUGCCACCGAUAAGCUCAUCCGUAAAUACAAUAAGAAUCCAAGUAGAACUUUUUUCGAAACGGUUCGUGAGAUCUAUGCCCUCAAGGGUAUUGCUGGGUUCACCGCAGGGACCUGUAUUACCAUGACCCGUCAAAUUGCCAUCCUGACUGUGUGGCUUCUGACCUACAACGCCACAAGACAGCUUCUUGACCCCAGUAGCAACCAAGGCACCGGGAUCCAUGAACAGCUGUGGUUUGGUCAUAAGCAUACAGCCGUGCAACUGGCUGGAUUGCAUUUGUUUGCAUCGGUGGCAGUUGUAGCCGCCACACAACCAUUGGAUGUGGUUAAAAGUCACAUCCAGUCCAAAAAUGGUAAGGCAGUCUACCGUGAUCUGCUCAGUACCGCUUAUCGUCUCUUUGCCACCCAGGGGGUGACGAAGCUUUGGAGUGGUGCUGCUCCACGUGGGAUAAAAAUCUUUGUCAGUGGUGGGCUCACCGCCGCUUGUUAUAACUAUGUAGAAGGAUUAGUCAAUGUUGCUGGGGGCCAGAGAGUGUUUGCAGCAGAGUAAUCGAAAGUUAUUAUUUAGUCAAUGAAUGUCU